CAAAUCAGGCAGAGGUUACAUAAAACUGUGACACUGACUUUGCUGCCAGCUAUCUUGUGGUAAAUUAGCUUUUGAUUUCAGUCUAUGUGAAGCACCAGGCUGGGCACCUUCAAAUAAGAGUAUGCUAGUCUACAUUAUCCUUCUGGGCACAGUGAUUGGGAGCAGCGUGGGGUGCUUCUGUGACCAUUACCCCUGGGGAUCAUGGUCUAGCUGCUCAAAAACUUGCAAUUAUGGAACCCAGACCAGGGAAAGGCAAAUAAAAUUGGAUGAUUAUUAUACAAAAAACUUCUGUGACCAAUUGUGUACAAAGCAGGAAUCCCGGGCAUGCAACGAGCAGGCAUGUCCUAUCAACUGUCAGCUUGGAGACUUUGGUUCUUGGUCGGAAUGUGACCCGUGUGUUAAAAAACAAUUGCGUGUCAGGUCCCUGCUGCGCCCAUCUCAGUUCAAGGGACAGGCCUGUACUGAACAAUUGGUGGAUUCCCGAAGGUGCUUCCCAACUAAACUUUGCAACAUAGAGGAAAUUGACUGCAGGAAUAAGUUUCAGUGUGAAAAUGGUCGCUGCAUUGCCAAAAGUUUGGAGUGCAAUGGAGAGAAUGACUGUGGGGAUACCUCAGAUGAAAGGAAUUGUAGACGGAUAAAGACUGUGUGUAACAGGAGAUAUGAGAGCAUCCCCAGUGUACAGUUAAUGGGCAAUGGUUUUCAUCUUCUAUCCAGAGAGAGUCGAGGAGAAAUCCUUGAUAACUCCUUCAAUGGAGGAAAAUGCACAACAGUAAAAAGCAAUGACACAAGGAAAUCAUUUCGUGUUCCUGCAAAUCUUGAGACUAUCAGUUUUCAGGUAGAAAACGAAGAAGAUGAUGUGGCAUCCGAUUUCUACCAGGAUAUAAUUCCUCUGAACUCUGACAUUGGUAUAAAGAGUGCACAGUCUGGUUCUGGGAGAAGUUUCUCUGGGAUCCCUUUUUUUUUCUCAAGAAGGACACGUGUACAAGUCACAUCAUCUUCCUCCUUCAAGGAAGCCAUUGAAGCCUCCUAUAAAAAGAAUUCCAACUUUAUUAGGAUCCAUAAAGUGAUUUCAGUUUCAAACUUCACAAUGAAAGAGUCAGAUCUGCAGCUCUCAAAUAUCUUUCUAAAGGCCCUUAACCACCUGCCUUUGGAGUACAACUAUGCUUUAUAUAGCCGAAUUUUUGAUGACUUUGGGACUCAUUAUUACACUUCUGGAUCAAUGGGAGGCACAUAUGACCUUCUUUAUCAAUACAGUGCAGAAGAGCUGAAGAAUUCAGGUUUGACUCGGGAAGAAUCAUCAGAAUGUGUCCGGACAGAAACAGUUAGGCGUAUCUUUUUCUUCAAGAAAAGGAAAGUACAUACAACGUGUACCACAAACAAACUGUCGGAACGCCAUGAAGGAUCAUUUUUGCAGUCGUCCGAAAAGUCUAUUUCACUGGUAAAAGGUGGAAGGGCAGAAUAUGCUGCAGCUUUGGCCUGGGAGAAAAAGGGAUCUUUCCCAGAGCAUACAAUAUUCACAAACUGGGUAGAAUCAACAAAGGACAAUCCUAUUGUGGUUGAUUUUGAGCUGGCCCCCAUCCUGGAUUUGGUGAAGAAUUUCCCUUGCGCAGUGACUAAACGGCGCAACCUGAGAAGAGCUCUUAUUGAAUAUAUGGACAGGUUUGACCCUUGUAAAUGUUCACCGUGUCCCAAUAAUGGCAGACCUGUGUUAUCUGGAACAGAGUGUCUGUGUGUAUGUCAGGCUGGAACAUAUGGGGAUAACUGUGAGAAACGUGCACCAGAUUACAAAUCAGUUGCAGUAGAUGGUUACUGGAGUUGCUGGUCUGCAUGGAGCUCAUGUGAUGGUGCUUUCAAGAAAAGAAGGACCCGUGAGUGUAACAACCCUGUACCACUAAAUGGAGGAAAGCCAUGCGAGGGUGAACAUGUGCAGGAGGAAGACUGUUACAUCUCUGUGUUUGUGGACAAAGGAGCUCCAUGUAUAAAUGAUGAUGAAGCAAGAAAGGAAGUGGACGUUUUCAUUGGUGAACCAGAGUCUGGCUGUCUCAAGCCAUCCCCACCAGAAAACGGAUUUCUCAGGAAUGAAAAAAACCAUUAUGCCGUUGGGGAAGAAGCUGAAAUUGCCUGCAUGACGGGAUAUGAUCUCAUUGGCUAUCAGUUCCUCAGGUGUCUACCAGAUCACACCUGGGCACAGCAGAAUGUUGAGUGCCAAAGGUCAAUGUGUUCCAAGCCAUCAGUAUCUGAGAGUGUCACAAUCUCCCCAUUUAAAAAUGAAUACAAGGUCGGGGAAACCAUCCAGCUGCACUGCCCAGCUGGCUUCAUUGUCACUGGUGCAAAGCAGUACACUUGUGGGAGUGACGUAUCAUGGACACCUCCUAUACUGAGAUCACUUACCUGUGAAAAAGAUGAGCAAACAAAAGCUAGAGGUAACUGCAGCCCAGGCCAAAAACAAGUUGGUUCUCAAUGCGUUUGCAUGUCUCCAGUAGAAGAUUGUGGCCACUACUCUGAAGAUGUCUGUGUGUUAGAUGCUGUUUCUGAAAGUCCCUCUACGAAGCCCAGCUGUCAAUUUUUAGCUGAAAAAUGCCUUGAAGAGCAGCCGCUCCAUUUCUUGCACUCUGGCCCCUGUCGUGGUGACACCAACCUGAACUGGGCCAUUGAAAGGGCAAAGCUUUCAACAAGUAGCUCAAAGAAAGGGCUGUGUGGAUAUGACACAUGCUACGACUGGGAAAAAUGCUUAGAGUCAGAGUCACGGUGCUUCUGCUUGAUUCCAUACGAGUGUCCAAAAGCUGAAAGCCAGCUUUACUGCAUCCAAGUGGGAUCCACAAGUAGGAAAAGGAUGGUCAGUCUCUGUGCACUGGGGGCAAUGAAAUGUACCGGCAUGAACAUACAAGUACUGCCUCAGGAAAACUGUUUGAACUAAUCUAUUUGGACCUUAUGCAGCCAAGAAUGUACUUGGCCUUAUGCUCCAGGCCAUGAAACACAGGACAGUGUCUUUUGAAGAAAGGUUGGAUGACUUUCAAAAGCCAAAUAAAUCAAAACAGCAGAAAGCCCCAGGGAUUUGUGGCUGGGGUUUACAGACCAGUUCAUUGGGUGUUGAGGAUCUCAUGUAAAUGAGCCUUCUAUACUCUAUUCUGCCUAACUUGACCUUUGUCCCUCUCUCCACCUUCCACAUACGCACCCCUGUUGGGCUGCCAAGACUGAGAAUUAUUCCAAUAGGCAGACGCGGGUUUCUUGUGUGGCUCCUGGGGAGAGAGAUGACAAUUGUCUUAUCUGUUCAAAAUUACCUUGUGCUUUGGGACUGAGGGUCUUUCUUACUAUUAGUAGCUUUAUAUAAAGUGAUGUGGAGAGGGAUUCUGCCCCUUAACUCCUGUAAUGUUGUUUUGAUCCUCUGCUGUCUCUUUAGGACUCUUUUCUCCCUGAUCCUGAGGGGAUUUGUUGAUGGUAGAGGACUGCCUGCUCUGUCCCUGUCCACCAUAUGCCCCUUUCUUCUUAUUGGAUGAGCUCCAUACUGGAAUUCUUAGACAGAAAGGGGGCACUGGGUGGUCAGUCAAAAAGAGAGACUGUUGAAGACCUUAAUCACUGCCAGAGCAGUAUACAGCACUGCCAGUUGCAGUCAUUCCGAAAUAAGCUCCCCUACCUUUUUUUGUAGCCAACUAAGAUGGGGUUC